CAAGAACCCAGACCUGUGGACCUGCCCAGCACAAGCUAGCAGCUGCCAUCCAUGGGGAACAGCCACUGCGUCCCUCAGGCCCCCAGGAGGCUACGGGCCUCCUUUUCCAGAAAGCCCUCGCUCAAGGGAAACAGAGAAGACAGCGCCAGGAAGCUGGCUGGCUUGUUUGGCACCGAGGCUAGGCCUGAUGGGGACACCGCGGCUAACAGGAUCUUCCACUACAUCCCUGGGACGGACAUCCCGGGCCCAGAACAUCACCCAGAAAACCUGGAACAGCCAUUCCUGAGUGUAUUCAAAAAAGGGUGGCGGAGGACACCUGUGAGGAACCUAGGCAAGGUUGUUCACUACUCCAAGGUUCGGCUGCGAUUCCAGCACAGCCAGGACAUCAGUGACUGCUAUCUAGAACUGUUCCCUUCCCACCUGUACUUCCAGGCCCAUGGUUCUGAGGGACUUACAUUCCAGGGACUGCUCCCACUGACGGAAUUGAACAUCUGCCCGACUGAUGGGUCCAGAGAACAUGCCUUCCAGAUUACAGGCCCGCUGCCUGCCCCACUCCUUGUUCUCUGCCACAGUGAGGCCGAGCUCAGCCACUGGCUCUACCACCUGGAAAAGCAAAUGGCUCUCUUGGGUCUACAACGAUGCCACUCGGCACCCCCACAGGGGUCUCUGGGAGAUAAACCCCCCUGGACCCAGCUACGGCGAGCAUAUGGGUGUGGUUCCAUGAGCGGCGCAAUCUGUGCCUCAAGGGUCAAGCUGCAGCAUCUGCCCUCCCAGGAACAGUGGGACCGGCUUCUGGUACUAUACCCAGCAUCCCUGGCCAUCUUCUCUGAGGAACCAGAAGGCCUUAGCUUUAAGGGGGAGCUUCCACUAAGUGCCAUCCAUAUCAACUUAGAAGAGAAGGAAAAGGAGAUUCGCUCCUUUCUCAUCGAAGGCCACCUCAUCAACACCAUCCGCGUGGUAUGUGCCAGUUAUGAGGAUUAUAGCCAAUGGCUGCUGUGCCUCAGGACUGUCUCUCGCAGGGAUGGGGCCCACCUGCCACCUGGCCCAGAGAGUUUCCCAGGAUUACAGAAGCCCACACAGCUUGUAGGUAGAGGCCGAGGUUCACUCUCUUCCAAUGGACGGAGCAGCUGGAAAUUAGAGUGUCCAGUGUUCCCCACCAGCCAGUCCCUCCCUGAGUCCUCGGUGCCAACCACUAUAGGCUUCCCUGCCCCUCCUGUACCUAACCAGACCGACUCUAACUGUGUCAGCACUGGCCAAAAGAAGAUGAAGCCCAGUGACAGUAGCCCGUCUCCCAGGGGCAGAGCUCAAAGAGAAGUAUCUGGCUCAACUGUCCCACUGCCCCUGCCCCUGGACCUGACCAAGAUGAGUGCACUGAACCUAGACAGUGGCCCAGAGGCUCAGGAUCACUCUUUGGACAUUCCACACUCCCCGCUCUAUGCUGAUCCCUACACACCACCAGCUACAUCUCGCCACAAGAUUACAGACAUCCAAGGCCUGGAUGAGCAGUUCCUCUGUGCGAUACAGACAUCGCCUGGACCUGACCUAUCAAGCCCGUUCCCCCCAGUGUCUGUGUCUGUGCCUGUCUCUGAAUCCAGCUCUGGCAUCUCCAGCUCGCCUGGGCCUCUGGGCUCCCACUUACUCACCAAGAAAGGUGCCCUGCAACCCAGAGCUUCCCAGAGACACCGGGGUUCCUUCAAGAGCAGAGGCCCACAGCCCUCAGACUUCCCUCAGCUUGUCACCCCUGCCAGAGAAGGCAAACCCAGUUCCCUGCCCCCUCCCCCAGAUGAAGAGGCUCCUAUCUGGAACAAGACUUCCUCUCCCUCCCACCCGAAGUGGCCACAGCCCAGGAAGCCUGCAGUGGAGGGGGGAUUCAUCCAGUGGAUCUGAUGGCCCCCAAGGGGGCCGCUGCUUCUCAACAACACAACCAGCCAGCACCGCCCUGCAUAAGACUACGCAGUUAUGCCCGUCCUUUGACUUACAUUAAAUAUACCAGGGCCUAACCCCAUCAGGUCAAGGUUGUCUCUAGACUCUGAGGAUAGAAGCACCUCACCAGGCUCUAGCAGCUGGAGCAGCUGAAAGGAGGUAACUCUAGGAACAAGCCAGUGAGGGGCAUCGGUAAGAUUCUGGACAGCCCCAGAGGCUCUGCCGCUAGGGGAAAGGGGAAGGGUGCUGGAGCGGGUGACUGUGAAAUACAGAGUGCUGAGAAAGUC